UCCCGCUGAGUGCAAGCGGAAAGCACGGGAGGCGCCCGAGGGCAGGGUCUGGGGCUGCGCGAUGCCGAGCACAUGGCUCCUGCUGCUUGCCUACCUGACUUACCUGGCACUGGGCACCGGCGUGUUCUGGCUGCUGGAGAGCCCCGCGGCGCACGAUUCCAGCGAGAGAUUCCAGCGCGACAAGUGGGCGCUGCUGCGGAACUUCACCUGUCUGGAUGGCCCGGCGCUGGACUCGCUGAUCCGGGGCGUCAUCCAAGCCUACCAAAAUGGGGACAUCGUCCUCGACAACACCACCAGCAUGGGGCGCUGGGAGUUUGUGGGCUCCUUCUUUUUCUCCGUGUCCACCAUCACCACCAUCGGCUACGGCAACCUGAGCCCCCGCACGAUGGGCGCCCGCCUCUUCUGCAUCUUCUUUGCUCUCGUGGGGAUUCCGCUCAACCUCGUGGUGCUCAACCGACUGGGGCAUCUCAUGCAGCAGGGGGUACACAGCUGCGCCCGCAUGCUGGGGGUCACCUGGAAGGACCCGGCCAAGGCCCGGUGGCUGGUGGGCUCCAGCGCCCUCCUGUCCGGCCUCCUGCUUUUCCUGCUGCUGCCCCCGCUUCUCUUCUCCCACGUGGAGGGCUGGAGCUACGUGGAGGGCUUCUACUUCUCCUUCAUCACCCUCAGCACCGUGGGCUUCGGCGACUACGUGAUUGAAACAAUGUGAACCCAGCCUGGAAUAUUGAAAUGAGGUCCUACCAAAGUAACAAACAGCUAUAGCCCAUUAAGCAACCACGAGUGAUGAUUGUCACCACAUUUUACUGAGGAGAAGAACGAAGCUCACAGAGGCCAAGACGUUUGCCUGAGAUUUUGCACAGCUAGUGGGGUAUGACUUCUGACCUGACUCCAAAACUCUUACCCCUUUCCAGACGGCCUCACAUAUCCCCUGUCUGGGCGUCAGUGUUCCUGUCUAUAAAAUGAGGGGCUGGUCUAGGUGAUGGCUAAGACUCCUCAGUGCUUUCUGGCCUGUGUGCAAAGUCCCCUUCCCUAAACCUCUCCUUCCCCAGGAAGCAAGGUCUGGUGUCAGGGGCGUCAUGCUGCCCCUUCCUGAUAUCCUCUGUCUUGGAAGGGAGGCCAUUGCUCUGGAAGAGAAGCUUUGGGACAGUUUCCUCCAAGUGCGUCAUGCUAUCACUCCUACCCUCAGAGAGGAGAGAUGUAUCUGAGGAGAGCUGAGCCCGCCGUCCCCACAUCUGCCCACCUCAGACCUCAGAGAAUGAGUUUUGGGUAUGCCCUCUCCUCUCUGUUCCCACUGCCGUUUCCCUAGUCUAGGCAGGGCUGUUGCACAUGGCUGGUUGUACAGGUUGGGCACUGCACAACCCUAACGGGUUGCCAUUCACACAGAGCAUGAUGAGGAUGGCACCCAUGGAAUGGUACAGCCUCUGUCCUUGUCCUCCCUUGGCUCUCAUGACCUUUAAAAUGGCAAGUGCUAUCAUGUCACCUGCCCAGCUCCUCUGAAAACCUUCAGUGCUUUCCUGCAACAGCUGGCCCCCUCCACUGACUGCCCCCCACCUUACCCCAGGGCUCAAAGGAUGAAACGCAGGAUGUGUCUCCAGUGAUAGUCCUAAACCCACAAGUCCUUGUUCUCUGAGGGUGCCCAUGCAAGGAGGGGGGAGGAGAAGAGGGAAUGGGACCCCCAAAUGCAGUCUCUUUGUGCCCAUGGAUCACUAGGGCUCCUAAAGUUUGGUCCUAGAUGGGAAUAGCUGACAGCAGGCUCCCCUAGAAGCUUACCUGGAGGAACCUUUAUGGGGUUACUGAGGACACACUUUGUGAGUAUGUCCAGAGGCCCCACAGCCCCCUGAGGGAAGGCAGGGCAGGGGGAGGAGGGGGCAGGCCUCUCUAGCCAUGGGCAAUCUGGAAAUGUGAAGCAAGGCCUCUGCCACCACCGGGGGGGCGGGGGGAUGGGGCGGCAGAGACAUCCACACAGCUGCAGGAGUGAGGAGGGACUGGCAGGGCAGGGAAGCUGGUGUAUUAGGCGCAGGGCCCCCAGAGUCCCCUUCAGCCAAAAACUCUGACUGAGAAGGCCUGGUAUGAACCUACGAGGGCCCUUUAAGUCCAGAGGGACUGCCGGGCAGCCCACUCCCACCGAGUGGCAACAGGCAGAACUGUCCCCUUCACCACAUCUCCAGAGAUGUGCUACUCACACUUUUCCCUCUGCACCCAUCUCAGUGUCUCGUGACAAGUGACCACACGUACCCUCACUUGCCCUCUGCAGAUCACACAGCCCUGGGUUGAGGCUGUUAUGGCCGGGCUGGUCGGAAGAGUAUUUCAUGGUCGCCCACGUCCAGCAUAGAAGCGGAGAGCUCAGAGUGGAGAGGGAAGCAGGGCCCGGUCACAUAGAGGGCCUCAC